AAGUCGGUUUCUUUCAUCAUGGUUUAAUUGCUACGAAAUCUCUUGCAGAUCAUCCCAUUCUUCCUUGAGUUGACCUUUUAUAAUGGAGGUUUUUUUUUCCUGCUGUUGACUUUUAUGCUUGCUUGCAUUAUAUAUAAAUAUAGUGAUUCUGGUAGUUGACGCUAACAAUUGGAAGGAAGUUUAAACAUGUUGGGUAGGAAUCCUUCUAUCAGGGCAUGUUUUCCUGAAAGAUUCUCUGAUUCAAACUUCGAUGAUAGCGGACAAAACUCCAGGCGAAGCUACGCUACAUCAUCUGCAACUGCAACUCCAAGUGAGAGCCAGCCUAGUUCCAGCCGGGCUGCCUUGAAGCCAUUGACACUUGCUCAAACCCAAACCUCAGUUGCUGAUCUUGUUAACAAUGCCUCUAAACUCCCACUCCCAGAACAUGCAAGUGCUCGACUGGUCUCAAAGCAGACUAAUGCUACUAAUCACCACCACAACAAAAGGGAUGCUAAUGCUGCAACUCCUGUUCAAGUGGUUGACAAAUUUAUACCAGCCCCUUCUCUUGCAACUCCCCCAGCCUCUACAUUACCAAGUUCGGUUCCUACAAUUGGGAACGUUAACGGGAAUUCUACACGGCUUACCUUGUAUAUACCUUUAUAUCAAGCUGCACUGAAAGGUGAUUGGAGAAAAGCUAAAGAGUUCCUGAACAUGCAUCCGGGUGCUGCAAAUGUCAGGAUAACCAAGGGAUGGGAAACAGCUCUGCACAUUGCUGCAGGGGCCCGGCACAUUGCUUUUGUGGAGGAGCUGGUCAAAUUGAUGGGUGUAGCAGAUUUAGAACGAAGGAACAAGUACAAUAACACAGCGCUUUGUGUUGCUGCUGCAUCAGGUAUUACUAGGAUUGCAGAGGUGAUGGUGAAAAAGAACAAAUGUUUGCCACGAAUAAGGGGGAACAAGGGAGUGACACCACUCUACAUUGCCGCACUGUUUGGCCACAGAGACAUGGUUUGGUAUCUCUACAAGGUGACUGCUGCUGAGGAUCUAACUCAAGAGGAUUACAUCGGGCUGCUUAUUGCCACCAUCACUACUGAUUUAUUUGAUGUAGCUCUCUGCUUAAUUCGGCACCAACCAGAAUUGGCUACUUUGCGUGAUUCAAAUGGGGAGACAGCACUUCAUGUUUUAGCUCGAAAGCCUUCAGCGUUUGCCAGCAGAAGUGAGCUGGGAACCUGGGAAAAGUUUAUCUACCCGUGGAUCUACGUGGAACCACUAGUGAAAUCUAGUUGCCCAUCAGGCAUGUCAAAAUGCUGCUGCGACCAUACAAAUCAAGUGUUUAUCGGCUUAGCUGGAAAACUUUGGCACGCAAUGGAGAAAACGAUCCCAGGACAUAAAGCCAUUUACAAGAAGAAGUUAUUGCAUAUGCAAGCCAUUGUCCUUGUGGAGCUGUUAUGGGGACAAAUUCUAUCCUUAGAGGACUCACAAAUUACGGAUAUACUAAGAAGCCCUUCACAGGUUUUAUUUACUGCAGCAGAAUUUGGAGUUGUUGAGCUCAUAACUGAGCUUAUUCAGUCUUACCCUGAUUUGAUUUGGCGAGUUGAUGAGCAUAGCCGUAGCAUUUUUCAUAUGGCAGUCAUUCAUCGCCAAGAAAAGAUUUUUGGACUUAUCCACGAUAUAGGAGCACUCAAGGAUAUGAUUGCUGCUUACAAAGACAAAAACAAUCACUGCAUACUGCAUUUGGCUGGAAAGAUAGCACCUCCAAAUAGACUUAAUAUUGUGUCUGGUGCAGCUCUUCAAAUGCAAAGAGAACUACUUUGGUUUAAGGAAGUAGAGAAGAACGUACAACCCUUAUACAAGGAAAUGAGAGACAUUAAUGGUAGAACACCUCAAAUGUUAUUCACAGAAGAGCACACAAAUUUGGUCAAGGAAGGAGAGAAGUGGAUGAAGAGCACUGCUUCAUCGUGCAUGCUUGUUGCUACACUAAUCACUACUGUAAUGUUUGCUGCUAUCUUUACUGUACCAGGAGGCAAUGACAAUGACAAAGGCACUCCCAUAUUUUUAGAAGCUAAAUCUUUCAUAAUUUUUGCUAUAUCAGAUGCAUUGGCAUUGUUCUCUUCAGUCACCUCUAUCUUAAUGUUCUUGUCAAUCCUCACUUCACGUUACGCAGAAGAAGAUUUCCUUAGGUUACUCCCACAGAGACUGAUUGUUGGCCUUGCUACCCUUUUUUUAUCCAUAGCAGCAAUGCUUGUAGCAUUUGGUGCAACCUUUUGCAUUGUCCUUAGCCAAAGACUGGCAUGGAUUGCUGUCCCAACAGCUUUAAUUGCUUGUAUUCCUGUAACCUUAUUUGCCUUCUUACAGUUCCCGCUCCUUGUUGAUAUGAUCCAAUCUUCGAAUGGUGCUGGUAUUUUUGCCUGAAUCAGUAAAUAUAUGCUUUCUCAGUUUGGCGCAAAAUUCACUUUAGUCUUGAGUCUUGAGCUAUAUCAGAGCAUUUUUUCCAACUUCCAAUUUGGGUAUUGAAAAUUACAAGUCAAUCAAAAGGAAAUGGGCGUAAAUCCAUUGAAGAAAAUUUGUAAGUUCCUUUUCUUUCAUGUCUAUGAUCGUAGCAGGGAUACAUCAGGGGACAUUGGGAAGCAGAAGUAAUGACAACUAAGAGAUGAUACGAACAAAGGCCACAAUUUUUAAAAGUAUUUGAUUAGCAAAAAAAAACAAAAUCCAUUGAUUGAUAGUGUCAUUGUCAACUGACAGUGUCGGUCACACUCUCAGAAUGCAUGUCUUACUUGGAGAGUUUCCGACAGUUGUUCAUGGCCAUCGUCGACUCCCAUGGAACGAAGAUGCGCUAAAUGAUGACAUCCAGAAGCUUGAUUGUCUCGAACAUCAAGUCAUUAAAGAUAAGCACUAUUAUCGUGCUGUUCACCACACCAAGGAGCUUUUCUGGCCUGCAGAGAAACUGAGGCCGGAACACUACUGCAAUAAUCCUCUUCAUGCAGACAUUCUUCCCGGAGAGUUCGCAUUGAUAAUAAGUGUAGCGGGUUCUUUUGGUCAGGAGAGAGAACGUGUUGCAGUGAGUGAAUCGGGAUGAGUUAAAGACAGUAAAGAAGAAGAUUAGAGCAAAUUUUGAAACGUAAGUGCUUUGAGUGGUAGGUGGUGAGAGAUGAGAAAAAAUGGAAAAAGCAGCGGAUAAGGACGAAUGAGGAAGGUUGAAGAGAAAGAAUACUUGGAGGAAUAAAGCUUUUAGUCUAAUCUUUUUGUUGAGUGUUUAAAAUCCCUUCUCCUUACCUCUCAAUCUACUAUUUAUAUUGAAUAAGAGUACAAAAUAAUUAAGAGAGCA